CCGUUAUUGUUUUUGUUGUUUUAUCGAAUAUUGUAGUUUAACUAUCACCGCUAUUUCACAUAAACGAUUUUAUUUAAUUCAUUAAUUUAGUUUAUUGUAAUCUGUUCAACUGGAACGACGGUUUUAUCGAAAAUCCGGACUAGGACUCGACAGUGAUUUUAAAUUUUUAUUAAUUGUUUUUAAUUUUUAAACCAAAUCCGCAAUGCCCUACGCCAACGUACCUUCGGUACAAAUAACCGACGUGACAUCCGAUUCAAUAAAAUUCCAAAUCGAAGACACCGACCUGAGCGUAGCGAACAGCUUGCGUAGGGUGUUCAUCGCCGAGACGCCCACUCUGGCUAUCGACUGGGUCCAGCUGGACGUCAACAACACGGUGUUGAGCGAUGAGUUCAUAGCGUCCCGCAUCGGCUUGGUGCCGUUGACAUCCGACGGAGUGGUCGACCGCUUACAGUAUUCCAGGGAUUGUUCGUGCUUGGAGUUCUGUCAGGAUUGCAGCGUCGAGUUCAACUUGCACGUCAAGUGUACCGGCGAUCAGACGAGGAACGUGACCACCUCCGACCUGAUCAGUAACCAUCCCAACGUAAUACCCGUCACGUCCCGGGACAGGGACGUGUCCGAGUACGGCGAACAAGACGGCAUUCUGAUUGUCAAGUUACGCAAAGGUCAGGAACUAAAAGUGCGGGCUUUCGCCCGCAAGGGAUUCGGCAAGGAGCACGCCAAGUGGAAUCCGACCACCGGUGUAAGCUUUGAGUACGACCCCGACAACACGAUGCGGCACACGCUGUUCCCGAAGCCUGACGAAUGGCCAAAAAGCGAAUACUCAGAGUUGGGUGAAGGUCAACACCAAGGUCCAUUCAACUGGAGGAGCAAACCGCAUAAGUUUUUCUUCAACGUAGAAAGCAGCGGAGCGUUGAAACCAGAAAACAUAGUCUUGAUGGGUGUAACUGCUCUAAAGAGAAAAUUAUCGAACCUACAGACCGAUUUGUGUCAAAUACCCGAUAUAAACGCUCUAGAAAUUAAUUAAAUCAUUAUAGUAUACAUUUAGAUAUAAGCUUUUUAUUUUUUUUUGUAAACAUUAAAGAUGUUUUCUAUUC